CAUAAGAACAAGCUGAAGGAUGUCUUCAACUAUUUCGAAAAGGUGAAGACCUCAAUGAAGAUUAACGCUCAGAUAGUCAUUGCUUACCACUGGAGGAAGAGAAGGCGUAUGUUCCAAAAGAGACUUGAAGAAAUGGCCAAACAAGCAAGGAGGAAAAAUUCGAAUAAGAAAAAAAUUAAAAAGCCAAGGCAGUCAGUUAAAUGGAAUAUGAGAGGUCCUUCCCAUACUAUUAAGCUUAAAAAGCAGAGCUCAAAUAUCAAGAGCAAGGCCUUGAAGAAAAGGAAAAGUUUGAAUAGUAAUACUGAUCUAGAUACAGUGAAGGAAGACUAGGUUUCGUAAAUUUCAAUUGUGUUUCAAAA